AUGUCUACAAGUUUUGUUGGCGCGGAAAAUGGAAUAAAUGACAUUCGGGACAACACAAAACCAAUUCAAAUGAAAAUAAUGAAACAUAAAAUGCGCCACUUGUCGGACGAGCGCGUCAAUCACAAAGUAUUUUUACAAACUUUCUGCAUUGUUAUCAUAAGACUUUCCUUUCAUUCUCCCGUCAUGUUUAUGGAAAAACACAACAAAAAUUACAGACAAGGAGAAAUACAAAAGUCAUUAGAGUUGAAUUUGAUUCUCUGUUUUGAUGAUGAUUAUUGUAUCGGAAAAAUGGUUCGUGUGCAUUUUGCACUUUAUUACAAUUUAAUCAACGUCAUCGUCGUGAUGGCAGAAUUUGUGGUGGUCGAAAAUCGAGAAUCACGCUUCGUCGAUUUCAAUAUCUUCAUGAAACCACAACGCGCUCAAAAAUAG